AUGGCCAUCACGUGGGGAGACUGUCCGCGUCUAAUCUGCUCGAUUCUGCUGCCGCCACUCGGUGUCUUCUUCCAAGUUGGCUGCAACAAGGACUUUGCCAUAAACUGUCUGCUCACGUUGCUUGGGUACAUUCCUGGCAUUAUCCACGCCGUCUACAUAAUUGUCAAGGAAUAG